CCGUUACUAGAAGGACACAACUUUUUUUGUUAUCAUUCUGUGGAUUCUGAUAUCCGUCAUUUUCGGGAUGGACGGCUCCUCGGUGUACAUGUGCUUCCCCUGCUACCAGGAGUUCAACUCCCUGGAGGAGGUACUCGCCCACCAGCUCACGUGCAGCCCUGACGGAGUCGGGAAGGAGGCCCCGGGUCUACAGGUAGAGAAUGACACAGGAGCACAAGCCUGUGCUUCCUUGAUGAAACCCGGUGAUCCGCAAGAACCUGACCAAGCCAAGCCCCAAAGCCCAGCGCAGGGAACCCAGAGCAGAGGCAGCCCGGGUUCUGACCUUCACAUCCAGUACCAGUGUGGGGACUGCGGGUUCCUCUUCGAAUCCCUCAACCUGUGGCAGCAGCAUCGUAAGCUGGGCGAGUGCCUGCUCGCUGAAGAGGAGCCCGGUGGAGGUGCGAAUGAGCUGGAGUACGCCGAGCUGAUCGCCGGGCAACACGACGGGAAGCUGAUAGAGGCAGGCCGACAGACUGCAGCGCAGACUGAGGCAGAUGGACAGGUUGUAGUGCACAUUGAGCAGCUGGUAGAGGCAGAUGGACAGUCUGCAGGGCACAUCCAGCAGCUGGUACAUGCAGGUGGGCAGUCUUCAGGGCACGUCCAGCAGCUGGUAGAGGCAGAUGGGCAGGGAGAGAGCGUCAGGGCCGAGGAAUGGACACCGCUGGAGGAGACCGGUGAGUCCGGAGCAGACAAAACGAGGGUGGCAGUAGGGACGGAAAGCUGGAGGACUGCGAAGGUGGACGAGUUGCGGAGGGAGUGCAGAGAGAGGGAGAGGGCGGUCAGCCAGGAUCACUCCUACCUGCAAUGCGAUGAAGCUGGCGAGAGUGAGGGCCCGGGGGCUGCGGGGACAGAGAAGCAGAAGGAGGCCGAGACGGUCGCAGCAGAGGUCGGCGCUGAGACAACACAGUCUGCUUCGGAGAAAGAGGAUGACAAGAGCCACGAUCAGAACGUUGCUUCAAGGAAGCGGGGAAGUAGAAAAAGCAAGGCGAGCUCUGCCAGUGCGUCAAGCCAGAGCUUGCUGUGCGUAGACUGUGGGUGCGGCUUCGGUUUGGUGCCAGAGCUCGUGGCUCACCGCAGAACCCACCACGGCCUGGAUGGGCCCCUUCACCGGUGCAAUAUUUGUGGGGAGAGCUUCCUGAAUACCACCCUCUUCUUGUAUCACCGCAGGCAGCACAGAAAGAGGGAGCAUGAAGGUCAGGGGGGGGAAGAGGCACAACUGGAGGAGGAGAGGAGCGUAGGCGCUCUGGAAAGAGCCAUUUCUAUUGAUCAGACUCUGGAGACGGCAUCACGUGGCGAGCAGGGAAUCCUAGAGGUAGAGACCGAGAGCGUCCAGGUAAUCGCGGAAGAAAACCUCACGUUUUCCAUGACCGUCGAAGCUGCAACCGAAGAGCACGUUUCAGACCAGACCGAGGUUCCUGCGGGGGUUGCAGCCGCCCCCGCCGAAAAGGCUCUCAGUUUCCUGUGCGUGGCCUGUGGGUCUGGUUUUAACACCGAACCUGAGUUAGUAGAGCACCGCAGGGCCCAUCAUGCCCUGGGGGAAGCGCUGCAUCGCUGCACUGAGUGCGGCCAGGGCUUUAUGAACACCACGCUCUUCCUUUACCACCGGAGGGCGCACAGGGAUACUGAUGGAGAGAGGGGGGCUGGAGAGGCUACAAGCAUGGAGAAUUCUCCUGGUGCCUCCAAAAGGCUGGAGCUCCUGUCUCCUGCCUCUGUGACACCAAAGAGAACAAGCAGCCCUGCACUGAGCCUGCUGCGAAAGAGCCAGACAGAGAAUGGGGGUCGCGGUGGAGCAGACGUCAGCAAGGACAGAGUCACUGGAGGCGAUGUCGCCACUGGGGACUCCCAGCAGCAGAAGCGCGACCCCGUGCCCGAACUCCACAAAAACGACCUUCCAGCACCCCCAGAGCUCUACAGAGACUGGUCACGGACGCCCCUCCCUCACGCGUGCCCCCACUGCGGACGCACCUUCACGCGCCGCUGCCUGCUGCGAGCCCAUGUGUUCAGCCACACGGGCGAGAAGCUGUUCAGCUGCAAGGUGUGCGGCAAGGCCUUCACCUGCUCCAGUAACCUUAUGCGGCACAGCCGCACACACCUGGCCGCCAGGCCUUACACUUGCGAGUGCUGCGGCAAGACCUUCUCGCAGUCCAGCACGCUCAAGCGGCACCGGUUCACCCACGCCAGCGAAGAUGGUGCUGGGCAGCGGCCUCACGCCUGCGAUGACUGCCCCUCCAGGUUCCACACACGUACUCAGCUGCAGAGGCACAGGCUCCAGCACACCGGUAACCCAUUCUCCUGCUCCCAGUGCGGCCAGUCCUUCAAGCGCAAGAGGCACCUGGAUCUGCAUUCUCUCACACACCAAGAGGUGGAGCCUCGGUCGUGCCCGCACUGCUCCGCCCAGUUCCGGAGCCAGUCCGUGCUCAACGUCCACAUCCGCCGCUGCUCGGGGGAAGACGACCGCGCGCGCGGCCGGGGACGGGGCCAGGGGCGAGGCCGGAGCGUGGGCCAGCUGGAGUGCGACAUGUGCGGCCACUGCUGCGUGACGCAGGAGGGGCUGGAUCUCCACCGGCUGUCCCACACGGGGCAGACCCCCCUGCGCUGCCCGCUGAGCCCCUGCCGCCGCCGCUUCGCCACGAGCGCUGCCCUCGAGGCGCACGUGCUCGCCCACUGCAAACAGCUGGCUACCAAGGGCACCGGCGGCGCCCCCCGGCCUUUCCGCUGCGAGCACUGCGGGAAGGGCUUCGCGUACGCCUCCACCUUCCGACUGCACAUGCGCAUCCAUACUGGGGAGAGGCCCUACGAGUGCUCCCAGUGCGGCAAGCGCUUCCGCCAGCUGCCCCACCUCCAGGAUCACGAGCGCAUCCACAGCGGGGAGCGGCCCUUCACCUGCUGGGUGUGCGGGAAGAGUUUCUCGGUGGCAGCGAGGCUGACGGAGCACGCCCGCACCCACAGUGGCGAGAAGCCCUAUGCCUGCGGUCUGUGCCCCCGUGCCUUCCGCUCCCGCUCGAACCUGGACAAGCACAGCAAAGUGCACGGCGGCAGCACCGCUGCCCGGAACUUGGCCGGCGAGGGCGAGGCCGCCGUGCGCACCAUCCUGCUCGUGCAGACCCCGGCCCAGAUCGCGGAGGGCUCUGCCCCCGUCCUGCCCGGCAACCAGUCCGAGACUGCCGCCGUGUUCCCCGGAACCGCCUCCUCCGUGGUCCUGCUCCACCCCUCCAUUGCUGUUGUUGAUGUGCAGGACAUCCAGCACGCAGUUGAGUUCAUCAUAGAAGAGACAGUUUAGAGGAGAGCAUGUGAGCUCCGAUGGCUGGUGAAGGAGAUGGUUUGAAGUGCUGUUUUGGGGCGAAAAGGAACAAGAGAGAAAAAUGUACUGGUGACCUAAAGGGGUGUAAAAUGGAUUCUCGGUGUAUAGAAUGCAUAUAUUGGGUUUUACCGGCC